CACAAGACACCUGGGUAGGAAGUCGCAGGUGAGUAUCGCUCAGAGGACACACCCUCUGUAACUCAACCAUCCCGGAAAUUUGUGAGAUCGCCAUAAACAAGACAGACAUUCGAGCUCACCUUGGAAGAAGCGCUACUUUGCACUACUUUGAAGACCAGAGAUUGAACGCACCCUGAAAAUUGCAAGGAAGACUACGACCUAAUUUGAAGUGGAAUUGAAAGACGAAGCAACCACAAGAUUAGCUUUCACCCUUUCCCCCCUAAAACCUUUUGAGGUUAUGGAUCCAAUGCACUCGGGGAUGCGUUACACUCCGAAAGCCACGGACCAUGACUGGGACACAUCAGUGCAGUUCCUGCCAGUUUCUGAUUCCAAAAAACUCGAGAAGAAAAAAGGGCCUGGGAAGGUGGGAGCCGCGAUCGGACUUGUCGUCUUUUUCCUGGUCAUCUCGCUAAUGACGGGGCUCCUGGUGUGGCACUUCCACUUCCGUAAAGACGUGCGAGUAAAGAAAAUGUACACAGGAUCGAUGAGGAUUACAAAUCAGGCGUUUCAGGAGGCUUACGAGGACCCAAACAGCACUGAGUUUAAAACUUUGGCCAAUCAAAUUGCAGGACAGCUAAAAGAAAUCUACUCCAAGACACCCCAACUGUCUAAGUACUAUGUUGGGUCAAGGAUACAGGCAUUUAGCGAGGGCAGUGUGAUUGCAUACUAUACAUCUGAAUUCAACGUGCCGUCGGGCCAGGAGGGCGCAGUGGACCGCACUAUGAUCUCCAUGGAUCAGAUUGUUGACAAGCAGCAGCAGCGACGGAGACACUCUGACAAGCCAGCCAGUGAUCUGGUCUUUGAUGAUAUUAUGACUUCAGAAUUGGACAUGCGACUGUUUCGAUCGCCCAAAGCACACAGCUAUUACCAACACACCAGGUCCAAUCACAUUGGGAUAGUGGAGUCUCCUGGCUUCCCAAACUACCCAUACCCACCCAACAAUCUGGUCCAGUGGCAGCUCAGGGCUGACAAGGGAAAUGUGAUCAAGCUGGAUUUUGACACGUUUAACUUGGAGGAGAACUGUAAAAACGACUUUGUAAAAAUAUACGACUCGCUGGUGGCCAUUGAAAGCCGUGUGAUGGAAGAGAUCUGUGGCUAUUUCUCACAGAGUGAUCACCUGGCCUUCAUCUCCUCCGGGAAUGUCAUGCUCGUGUCGUUUUUCACUAACGAGGCCAGGAACUACCCAGGGUUCAGGGCCCACGUCUCUCAGGUUCCCCGCAGUACAGCAAUGCAAUGUGGGGGCACACUCUUAGGAAACUCUGGUACCUUUACGUCACCACACUACCCAGACUACUACCCCCCUCUCACCACCUGUGUGUGGAGUAUCCAGGUGCCAACUGGGAAGCACAUAAAGGUGACAUUUGUUAAGUUUCUCGUUUCUGAACCUGGUCAAGAGUCCAGUAGUACGUGCUCAAAGGACCAUGUGAAGAUAAAUGGAAAGAAGCUAUGUGGUGACUUCACAAAUAGAGUUGAAACUGCAGAUACGAAUGUCCUGACAGUGGUCUUCUCCUCUGAUGCAUCUUAUGUGGAUCGUGGUUUUAUCGCCACGUAUGAGGCCUUCGAAUCGAAGGACCCUUGCCCAAAGAAGUUCAUGUGUACCAACAGUAACUGCAUCAGUGAGGAACUGAAGUGUGAUGGAUGGAAUGACUGUGGGGACAACAGUGAUGAGAAAAACUGUAAGUGUAAAUCGACUCAGAUCAGCUGUAAGAAUGGAAUGUGUAAACCGAAGUUCUGGCUGUGUGACGGCGUCAAUGACUGUGGGGACAACACGGACGAAAAGAACUGUGGUGUCUGUUCUAAUGGACAAUUCACAUGCUCCAAUGCUAAGUGUGUCUCAGAGAAGAAUAAGUGUGAUGGGAGAGAUGACUGUGGUGAUGGUUCGGAUGAAGCUAACUGUGCGAGGUUUAAUGAAGUAAGCUGCACACCCUUCAGCUUCAAGUGUAAGGACAAGAAAUGUGUGAGCAAACAGAACCCAGAGUGUGACGGCACGGCUGACUGCAGUGAUGGCUCAGAUGAGGAGAACUGCAACUGUGGGAAGCAGCCCUUUAAGACCUCACGAAUUGUGGGCGGACAGGAUGCUUCUCAGGGGGAGUUCCCCUGGCAGGUCAGCCUCCACAUCAAGCGUUCCUCUCACGUGUGCGGAGCCGCCAUCAUCAAUGAACGCUGGCUUGUCACCGCGGCUCACUGUGUGCAGGACGACGCGAAGACCAGAUACUCUCACCCAUCCACCUGGGAUGUGUAUCUGGGCCUUCACGAGCAGAAAGACAAGAGCAAGGCAGUGAAGCGGGGCCUGAAACAGGUCAUCUCUCAUCCUUCCUAUAAUGCCUACACGUUCGACUUUGACAUUGCACUGAUGGAGCUCGACUCGCCUGUUACCUUGAGCGACACCGUCCAUCCCAUCUGCCUGCCCUCUGCCUCGCAUGUGUUCCCUGCAGGCAAGUCUGUGUGGAUCACGGGCUGGGGUGCAACCAGGGAAGGAGCAAGUUCUGGUCCAAAUGUGCUUCAGAAGGCUGAGGUUCGCAUCAUUAACAGCACGGUGUGUAACGGUUUGAUGGGUGGCCAACUGACCUCUCGUAUGCUGUGCGCUGGAGUGCUGUCCGGGGGGGUGGAUGCUUGUCAGGGGGACUCUGGUGGCCCCCUGUCCAGCCUGUCUCUCCCCGGCGGACGGAUGUUCCUAGCUGGAGUGGUGAGCUGGGGUGACGGCUGUGCCCGUAGAAACAAGCCGGGUAUCUACACAACUGUCACCAAGCUCCGUGGCUGGAUCAAAGAGAAGACUGGAGUUUAGUCCAGAGGAAGGGAGUGGUGAGCAGGACCAUCAGGCCUAUUUUUAUUUGAAUGAAAUUGAAACACUUUGCCUUGAGCCCUUGUUUCAUCAAAAUGCACACCAUCACCACUUCCAUACUGUAUACUAUAUCCCAUACUCUACUUCAAAGAUAAUUUAAGCACAGAAUUUAAGGAACAGGUAUCGUUUUACAAUUAUUUUAACUAAUGUGGCCAAAAGCCAUACAAAGCUAGUGUGACAUUCAGGCACAUUUGUAAAUAUUGGAAAAAUGGAAAGGCACAGAAGGGGUUUUACGUACAUUUUUAAGUUGUAAAUAAACAUUUUGUUUUCUGUUUUAAUGUGUUUCAUGAAGUAUGUUUUAGUGACUUCAGACUAUAUUCUGUAAAAUAUGAUUGGUUCUUUGCCUGUGGGUAAGAUUAUGGAGGGACAUUGUUACAUCUCGAUCUUUUGCCAUCCUUUUGAAAUGGAAAGCACUUUGCUAACCUAUGGCAUUGUCUUUUAAAACCUUUACAGCAGGGAUUUUUUGCUAAUGUUUUUAAGUUUUGACUGUGAAUGAUUUUUGUCAGACAUAUCAUAUGAUUACAACUUUUGUUAGGUAACACAUUCUUAUUUAAUUUCAUGCAAACUGGAGAUCAAAAGCAUUCUUGUACAUUGGAUUUUUUUUUUCAAGCUUAUGAAUCCAUUUUGUCUGUCAUGUCCUAUGGUUAAUGUUUUUCUAACAAUUCUUAUUCAAUUUCCUAAACACUUUUCUAGUGCCUUCUGUAACCAAUUAUAAAUGUCAGAAGGUGGAAAUAAACUGGAAUUCGUUCCUUAGAGUGGAACAAACCCACUUACUCUUACCUCUACAUUGCAAAGCACUGAAAGGGAAAAUAUUUUGAAAUGAAAUAUUUGCUAUGAAAUUUUAUUGCUUUAUAUGUCUUCUCAGAUUCAAUGUUUUUCCACUUCAGUGAUUUGCAUUUCAGUUGCCUAAGUUCAGCAGUGAAUAAAUAUUGUACAA